CGCAGUGCCGCUGCUGCUGCUUCUCCGUGGUUCCGCCCGCCUUAGCCGCGUCUCUCUGCAACUCAGCUCACUGAAUCACUGCACUGCACUGCACUGCUCUUGACUCCGAUCACUCUCCUCGCCCUUCCCUCCCUCCCUCCCUGAUGUCUUCCUUCCCCGUCCCUCUCGUCUCCGUUAUUCUGCCGUAAUCGCCCCGUCUACAUCCCUUCUUCGGAAAUUAAUGCUUUGCCUCUUGUCCCCUCGAUUCUCCAAUCUUCCGCUACGGUUUGACCGAACCCUUAGCGUGCUUUGUAUUCUUGGAGAGUAUCCUCAGCUCUUCCGGGAUUUCAUUGGAUCACUCGCACGGUAGCAUUCGUUCGGAGGCGGUUUGGAGAGGUUUGUGAGUUUUGGGUUGCGUUGGGAUUUUGGGAUUGUGCAUCGGAGGGGACAGGGGUGCUUUUUGGACAAGCUAGGGUUUCGGGGUGCGCUGUCGGUGUGGGAAGACAGGGUUGGCUUGUUGCGAGGGUGGUGAAGUGGCGGUGGAGGUGUAAUUGUGGACGUGCAGUGGGAUUCUUGUGUGGGAGGUUGUGAUCAGGGGUGAGGAGAUUUUGAUCCCUAGAUUGGUUGGUUUCUGCGUGAUAGCGGGAGUUGGUGAUCUUCAGCAUGCUCGUAGUUGACAAGGGAGGUAGGAUUGUUUGACCCAAGGUGUGUAGAGAAGGGGAUAGCCAUGUACAGCAACUUCAAAGAGCAGGCCAUAGAAUAUGUGCGUCAAGCCGUAGCGGAAGACAACGCAGGGAACUAUGCCAAAGCGUUUCCGCUGUACAUGAACGCGCUUGAGUACUUCAAGACGCAUCUAAAGUAUGAGAAGAAUCCCAAAAUCAAGGAGGCCAUCACUCAGAAGUUCACGGAGUAUUUGAGGAGGGCGGAGGAGAUUCGAGCCGUUUUGGACGAUGGCCCCACUGGACCCUCUGCAAAUGGAGACGCGGCAGUUCAAGCUAAACCGAAGUCGAAAUCAGGGAAGAAGGAUGGUGGCGGGGGUGAUGGUGAUGGUGACAGCGAGGAUCCCGAGCAGCAGAAGCUGAGAUCAGGGCUGAACUCGGCAAUCAUACGGGAAAAGCCAAAUGUUCGGUGGGCUGAUGUUGCUGGACUUGAAAGUGCCAAGCAGGCGUUGCAGGAGGCAGUGAUCUUGCCCGUGAAGUUUCCCCAAUUUUUCACAGGGAAGCGAAGACCAUGGCGAGCAUUUUUGUUGUAUGGGCCCCCCGGGACUGGAAAAUCGUAUCUUGCAAAAGCUGUUGCUACGGAAGCUGAUUCUACAUUCUUUAGUAUUUCCUCUUCAGACUUGGUGUCAAAGUGGAUGGGAGAGAGUGAGAAGCUUGUUGCAAAUCUGUUUCAAAUGGCCCGUGAAGCUGCUCCAUCCAUCAUCUUCAUAGACGAGAUUGAUUCUUUAUGCGGUACUCGAGGUGAAGGAAAUGAGAGCGAGGCUUCACGUCGUAUCAAGACUGAGUUGCUAGUUCAAAUGCAGGGUGUCGGCAAUCAAGACACUAAGGUUCUUGUGUUAGCUGCUACAAAUACGCCCUACUCUUUGGAUCAGGCGGUGAGGCGACGUUUCGACAAGCGUAUCUACAUCCCACUACCGGAGUCUAAGGCUCGGCAGCACAUGUUUAAGGUGCAUUUGGGAGAUACGCCAAACAACCUGACUGAACGUGAUUAUGAGGAUCUGGCUAGGAAGACUGAUGGGUUUUCAGGCUCGGAUAUUGCAGUUUGUGUGAAAGAUGUACUAUUUGAGCCUGUUCGUAAGACCCAAGAUGCUAUGCAUUUCAAAAGAAUUAAUACCAAAGAAGGAGAGAUGUGGAUGCCUUGUGGGCCCCGAGAACCAGGUGCUAGGCAAACCACUAUGACGGAGCUUGCCGCUGAAGGGCAGGCAUCGAAGAUUUUACCACCUCCAAUCACAAAAUCAGAUUUCGACAAAGUCCUCGCAAAGCAGAGGCCCACUGUCAGCAAAGGCGACCUUAUUAUUCAAGAGAAAUUCACCAAAGAAUUUGGUGAAGAAGGUUGAAUGGUGCUUCGAGUUAAGAAUUUGGAAGGUUCUGGGUUACGGAAGACAGACGAAAUAGAACGUCGUAGGUACGGUAGCCUAAGAGUAAAUUACGGAAGUUUUCCGACUUGCCAGUUGUGCACUCUUUCAACAUGAAGGGAAGGAAGCUACUUGUCGGUUGCCUUUUCAUGGGUGAGUUGCAUCAGUCGCAACAAGGUGGCAUUGUUUAUGUAAAAGCAGAAUCAAUAGGUUAAAGUUUUUGUUAAUACAUUGAAAAAAUAAUUUGGAUUGUACAUCUACCUUUUAGAUUGGUUAUGUUUCUCUUUC